GGUAGCUUAUCGGAGCAUCCGAUACUUAAGUAAUCAAAUCACCAGAGAUGCCCCUCCAGGUACUUGGCCUAGGUACUUGGCCUAAGUACCCUCUCUCAGUGGGAGAGGGGGACCUGACUUUGACUGAUCGACUUAUUUUCAUGUCGCGCCUGAUCCAUCAUCUCCUUGAUCCUCCCGUCCAUAUCCAAAAAAAAACCUCCCUAGAUUCGACCCGGAAACGGGACGAGCGACGAGCGCGACUUCCCAGUCUAGCUGAAUAUGAAUGACCCCUACCCAGCCGAACCGUAGUGGGACGUUGCGGGCAACAUGUCUUACUAUGAUAUCGAUGCUAUUUUGACUGAUGCCGAGAAGGUACCGUGCAAAUUCGAGCUCGACGUCCCCGAAUUAGGAUACCUUGACAACAACCCGGCUCAACCACUGAAGAGCGGCACGGCCAUUGGGCUUCCACUAUGGCUCGCCGAACUGCUCGCUCUAGCCAACAGCGCCCCUAGUAGCGCUGACGAAGACGCCAAGUCGUUUGUCUCUCUGAACCUGCCGCCGUCUCUGUCCAACGAAGUCAUGGCCGCCCUCAAGGCCGACCCUCGAGCUGUGCCGUUGCGAGAUCAGUCCCACAACUUCUACGGCCUCGGAACCCGUAUGCUGGAUUUAUUCGAAGAGAGGGAGAUCUGCGCCAUUCUCCGACGUACGUUCGUCACCAGGGCGGCCGACAUUGCUCUGCACGCGGGCAAGGCUGGAGCUACCGAUGACAUGGGCGUUGGCGCGGGAGAAGACUUCUUGCGCGGUCUGGAGGAGUGGGAGCGGAAGCUAUUCAAGAAAGCCCACGACGGCGCCAAGGGCACGAAAGAAUGGAUGGAGGGUGUCAAGAAGCAUUGAAACUAAGGCCGAGGGGAAUUUCGUAUGCCAGACGACCACCUUGGGUACCUACUCAGCAGUCAAAGAGAUAGAGGUAUCUCCCUUC